UCUACAGUUUCCAACAGAUUUUUUUCCCUCAAUUUACAACAACAAAGAGUGAAAAUCAAGCUUUUACUCCAUUGUUCUCUAAGUCAUCGCCAUGGAGACAAAGCUAAGCGUUUGCCAUAAUUAAACAUUUUUUUUGUUCUCUCUUCCGACCAUCUUUGCUGCAAAUGCAUUAAAAGUUCUGUAGGUUGUCUGCGUUGGCCCGAGACCUGAGAUCUUGACCACGGUGGACUUAAAUAUAAAGCACGCUUCAAGGUGGUCUCAAAUAUUUUUGUGGUGGGUAGGGGGUUGAAAUAUGUUAUGAACAUGUGUCCAAUUUUUAAAAGAAUUUAGUAGGAUUUUAUACAAAAAAAAAUGCACAAUUUUAAGUAGAAAUCAACAUAUGAGAAAAAUGUAUGUGAAAGUAUUUCCAUAUAUUGCUGUUCAUGAGUGGUAAAAGUGGAUGUAAAAAGUCGACACACCCUCAUUGAAAUGCCUUUUUUGUGCAAAAACAAAAGCAGAAAAACCAUUCCAAAACUUUUUUCACUAUUGUUGUGACCUACAACCUGCAAAAUGCAAUUUCAUGAGGGUAAGUAAAAAUCCAAAAUGUUUUUGCAAAAGUGUGCACACCCCAUUGUGAAUGGGGAAUGUGACUUUGUUCAGAAUUAACAUUCAAACAUGUCAAACUAUAGUCAGCAUACACCUGCUACCAUUUCAUUUAAAGUGCCUCUUAUUCACCCCGAGUUCAGAUGCUCUAGUAGGCUUUUUCCCCCCAAAGUUUUUCUUUAUGCUGAUGCCAUUUAAAGUGCCACGGGUUAACCCCAAAUAAAGUUCAGAUGUUCCAGUAGGCUAAACCCACACGCGAUGUCAGGACACAUCUCGAAAACAUUCACUGACAAAAUAAAUAUUUUAGAACUGGUUGGAAAUAAAUACACGACGUGAUGCAAAGCUGGAGGCAGUCGCAGCCAAAUUUGCCCCGUCAGGAUGUUCAGCACCUCGGACAGAGACAUCCACGAUCGAGCAUCGCAGUGGUAACUCGUGGGAGUGGGAGGGGUCGCGCCAAUGGGGUGGGGUGGGGCGGGGCGGUCAUUUGUUGCAUUUGUAUAACACUUUCCAGAUGAAAAAGUGAUGCAGGAGCUUCGUCGCCCACUUUUUUUUUCUUCUCUAGAACGCGUGGAAAAAGAUUGUGAGCUCACCUGCCACUCUUUCUCCCUUUGCACGUUCACUCCCUUUUUUGGUGUGUGUGUGUGUGCAUUCUUGAUUGUCUAAUUGAGUUGGCGAAGGGGAGGGAGUCUCUCGCGUGGAAGCGGCCAACCCACUCUGAGUGCCACGGUUGUCACGCAGCUGUUGUCCUUUUACGCAUGUUAGUUGUCUUGACUAAAACGUCACACGCACAAACGAAAGACGCGUGGACGCUCCUCUCCCCUGCCAUGGAACCUGUUGUCAUUCGGCGCGCGUGGAAUAUUUGUGGCACUCACUUCACGUCUUCUUUUGGCCACUCAGCACAAGUUGUCGGGAUGCUCGCUCGGAGAUUUUUCGGAUAAAAAAAAAACAAAACACUAUUUGAUCUAUUGUUCUGCUGUCUUUUCCUGCGUGUGGAAUGCGUGCGUAAAAAAAAAAAAAAAAAAAAAAAAAAAAAAAAAAAAAGGCAAAGUGUGCAAGCUUGAGGAUGUUGCAGCGAACAGGUUGGUGCUGAAACUUAAGAAGGAUGCCACGCCGCCGCAGGAGCUUCCACAUGCUCUGCGAGUGAAUACUAAGAUGUCCACAUCGGCGGAACCCAGCAGGCGGUACUGACAGAAGCUCGUUGAUGGCACUGCGCACCGGGAGGACUUGGUUCGGACGGGUCUUGCGCAGGGUCUCGCGGCUGCAGGGCUCCUGGUCCAGGCGCUCCAGCAGUCUUUUGUGUCUCUCCGCCAACCAGGAGCACGAUCCGGGCUUCUCGUACCGCUGCCCCAGCAGCCCCAGCCGCCCCGCAGGCGCCCACCUCGGCCACCGUCAUCGGAGCGCGUCCGCCGCUGCCGCCUCCAGGCGCAGUGCACUCGGCUUCUUCCCUUCUCGUCGCACCAUCCCGGGGAACACGAGGGGACAUGAGCCCCUCACUCGCCGGCUCCUCGUGGCCAUGAAGCGGCAAAACGUGCGGACCUUAUCCCUGAUCGUUUGCACGUUCACCUACCUGCUGGUGGGGGCCGCCGUCUUCGACGCCCUGGAGUCCGACUUCGAGAUGAGGGAGAAGGAGCAGCUUGAAGCCGAGGAGAGGCGCCUCCAGGGGAAGUACAACAUCAGCGAGGACGACUACCGCAAGCUGGAGACCAUCAUCAUGGAGGCCGAGCCCCACAGAGCCGGGGUGCAGUGGAAAUUCGCCGGGUCCUUUUACUUUGCCAUCACGGUCAUCACCACCAUCGGCUACGGGCACGCGGCGCCGGGGACUGACGCGGGGAAGGCCUUCUGCAUGUUCUACGCCGUCCUGGGCAUCCCCUUGACUCUGGUGAUGUUCCAGAGUCUCGGCGAGAGAAUGAACACGUUCGUCAAGUACCUGCUGAAGCGCAUCAAGAAGUGCUGCGGCAUGAGCAUCACCGACGUCUCCAUGGAGAACAUGGUGACCGUGGGCUUCUUCUCGUGCAUCGGCACGCUGUGCAUCGGCGCCGCCGCCUUCUCGCACUACGAGGACUGGAGCUUCUUCCAGUCGUACUACUACUGCUUCAUUACGUUGACCACCAUAGGCUUCGGGGACUUUGUGGCCCUGCAGAAGAACAGGGCCCUGCAGAAGAAGCCCCUGUACGUCGCCUUCAGCUUCAUGUACAUCCUGGUGGGCCUCACGGUCAUCGGGGCCUUCCUCAACCUGGUGGUGCUGCGCUUCCUGACUAUGAACAGCGAGGACGAGCGGCGCGACGCCGAGGAGAGGGCGUCGCUGGCGGGGACCCGCAACAGCAUGAUCAUCCACAUCCAGGACGAGUCGCUCCAACGGGGGCGGCGGCGGGGGGGCCGCGAGAGCCGGCGUGACGAGAUGAGCGACUUGCACUCGGUUUGCUCCUGCAUGCACUACCACUCGCACGACCUCGUCACCUCCGGCGGGCUGAUGGGCGGACUGGGUUGUGCCUUCUCCCACCAGAACUCGCUGGGCUCGCAUCUGAACCCGGGUCACUACUAUCACUCCAUUUCCUACAAGAUCGAGGAGAUCUCGCCCAGCACGCUGAAGAACAGCUUCUACCCGUCGCCCAUCAGCUCGGUGUCGCCGGGCCUCCACAGCUUCACGGACAAGCUCCAGCUCAUGAGGAGGAGAAAGUCCAUCUAGUCCGCCCUUGGCAAACCUCAUUCCAAGCACUUUCCCUUUUGGUCUUUUAUUUUAUUUUUUAUUUUUUAUUUUUUUGCUCCUGAUGGAGAACACUCUCAUGGGAUGCAAAGCAUGAAGCAUGGAUGUCUAUUUUUUCAAGGGGAUUACCACACACUUUGUAGACCUUCUAGAUGGAACUGUUAUCUAAAAACGUUGGUUUCCUACCAAAUGAUGCCCACUGCUAUUUUUCAUAAAGGGAGGACCCUGGUUUCACCUUAACUUGAAGAACCCGCCGCGGAGAUGCAGAGGAUGAUUUUUUUCCUACAAGCCAUCACACACAAACGCCGUCGCUAAUAUUAGCAUGUGAAUUGAAUAAUGUAUUUUUUGUGACAUUCUUUUGUCUGUCGCCAACCAGCUUUGUUUGGAAUCCAAAGGACCAUGCUGCUGUAACUAAUACCGUUCUCCUUAUUUUCUCCUUUUGCGGAGCAUUAAAGAUGGCAUCUGGCCGGGGCCGAGCUCUAAAUGCGCUCGCUAACACAAACACUUUUAUUGACGGCUUUUGUGGCGCGCGCUCCCUUUCCCGGGAUUCAUUAUUGAACGCGUCAAUACGAAGCGAUCCUGCAGGGAUAACGCCUCUGCAAAAGUGGCAGACGCAGCGAGCGCGGGCAAAAGAUGUGUCAGGAUUUAAAUAAAGUGGAAAGCCAUCAUUCCUAUGAAGGGGACACACAGGUCAGAGACACAUGACGAGAUGACGGUCCGAAUGAUGAGAUAUUGGCAUUUGAUGUUCCUCCGUAUGGAUUCUCUCUGACCCUGCAGUCUCUUUUAACGCCGGCUUUCAAACCUUUUCCAAAUGCACCUAAUAAUGAAUGAUCUGAAUUCAGAGCAGUACCAAAUAAUACAUCUUCCUACGCUCUCCUUCAAAAUAUUGAAAUAGUGAGUCGGAUAAGAUUCCAGACUGAAAACAUUUGACAGUUGGUAAAAAGUACACGAUAAGAAAGCAAAAGCUUGCAUCGGCAUUUGGUACAUAACUUAGAAAAUGACAUAAUCAUACCUGUGACCAACUGGUAUUUGUCAGUUUUUAGUGUCCAAGUCAAUCCUUAGACUUCAACCCUGUGGAGCAUGGAUUUUACCCACUAAAAAGGAUAAAGCUACCUUUCAAAAUAAACUGAAAGAGGCUGGUGUAUGCGGAACGAAGGGAAUCGUAAAAUAAACAUGCAUGCAUUUAAUUUCUAAAAUAAAAACAUCAAAUGUUAGAUUUAAAAAAAAUUCUCUUCACUUUUUUUUUUCCCCCACUACUAAUCAUGUCCUCGAAUUCUGUAGAGCGGCAGGAUGAACAAUCCUAAUUUUAAUCAGCACCCUUCCAAAGUAUGAAACCGCGGAACCAAUUUCCUUGUUUUUGCUAUAAACUGCAAACAUUUGUUUCACUUCACGAUAAAAGACAACAGAUUACAGUCAGCCUUUGCAACUAAAUCAUCCCUACGCUAAAACGCUAUUGGUUAUGUAUUUUACCCACUAAAAAGUUUACUUUUCGUGGGCAAAAACCUAUCCAGAGAGUGAACUUCUCAAAGGGCCAACUUUCAUGUUCAAGUUAAUCUCCAGACUUAAACCCUAUAGAGCAUGUAUUUUUACCAGAUCAGGAGAGGACUGAAGGAUUGAUGAUUUGUCAGACAAGAAUGCAUUUUAAGAGUAAUACAUACCAAAAAAUUGAAUUACUCUCUCCUUGCCUCCCCCCCCAAAAAAAACACAUUUGUGGAGGAAAAAAACAUUUUGUGUAUCACAUAAACAUCAGCAUGAUCCUUUGAGUUUUUAUUCCAAGGGGUUAGGUCUUUUUGGAUUAAAUGUUUAACUGAGUGGUUCUCAACAUGUCCAAUUUGCAUUUUGUGUUUGAAAGAGAGCCUCUUUACUUGGACCCAUUCUAAAGUUUCCCCCUGGUCAAACUCGCCAAUAAUGUUUGCUCUCAGGUCCGAACCGCUCGCCUUGUUUUUGUUUGGCUCUCCUGUGGCCCUUCCUGAAAACGACGCAAUGUAGAUACCUCCGUUCUCCAUAAAAUAGUCCAAGACGUUUUCCAAGAAAGACUACUGAGGUGCAUCAUCUCGUCAGGCCAGGUCUCCUUUGUAGAUAUUUGAGAUGGUUCUGGCCUGUUUUAAAGCCCAAUCUGCCUUUUCUCUCUCUCUUUCUCUCUCACAGCUGGUCUAUGAACGCAUGGUGAAAGCAUUUCAAGCGUAUCUUGUUUGUAUACCAAUUCUAGCUUUUCAUAAGCUGCACAAGACUCGGAGCUCUUUCUUUAUGGAAAAACUGUAUUUAUUAGUUCCAAUCCCUGUCCAUCUUGCCUUGUCUCCUCAAUGGGAGAACGCCACCACACCCGCUCUUACUUUGGAUGAGAAUCUUGACAAAACGUAGACAGGCGAGGCAUCGGUGUGUGAGGGAAAAAAAAAAAAAAAAACAUUGUUUCGUUACGGGAACACG